AUGCGCCUCCUCAAUGGCCUCCUCCUCCUCCCCACCGUCCUCCGCACGGCCAUAGCCUACUCCACCCUCUCCGACGACUCCCUCCGCACAAUCCCCUCCGCCGGCGCCGACUUCGACAUCAAAACCGGGGCCAUCCUCGCGCCAAUCCUGCAACCCCGCGUCCCCGGCACGCCCGGCUCGACCGCAGUUCUAGAGCACCUGGCAGACUUCUUCCGCAACAAUCUCCCCAAAUGGAAGGUCUCGUUUCAGAACUCCACGAGCACGACGCCGCUCUCCAAUGGGAGGGAAGUGCCUUUUCACAACCUCAUAGCCACCCGUGACCCGCCGUGGAUAGAUCGUGAAGGCGAGGUAGGCAGAUUAGCGCUCGUUGCGCAUUACGAUUCUUUGAUCCAUCCGACUGGCUUCAUUGGUGCUAUCGACUCUGCCGCUCCUUGUGCCAUGCUGCUCCAUGCUGCAAGAAGUAUAGACGACGCGCUGACGAGGAAGUGGGAAGCGAUGCAAGCGGAGGCGGAGAGCAGUGACUUUUCCGGACUGGAGAUGGACGAGCACAAAGGCGUUCAGAUCCUACUCUUGGACGGCGAGGAGGCGUUUCAGUCUUGGACAGAUACGGAUUCACUCUAUGGUGCGCGCGCGAUGGCGGAGGAAUGGGAGCAGACUGUCUACGCUGCCUCGAGUACAUACUCGACCCCUCUCGCCAGCAUCGACCUGUUUGUUUUACUCGAUCUGCUCGGAUCGCCUAACCCCACCGUUCCAUCCUACUUCAAGACUACGCACUGGGCUUAUCAACACAUGGCUGAUCUCGAGUUCUCGCUGCGCAGACUGGGCUUGUUUAAAUCCGCUCCAGCCAAAGAUCCAGACCGACCGUCGGCAGUCGACGACCAGUUCUUCCUCCACGAAGCCGGGAAAGCAGAUACCGAUCAAUGGCUUGGCGGGUACAUUGGAGACGACCAUCUUCCCUUCAUGGCACGAGGAGUGGAAGUCUUGCACCUCAUUCCCGCCCCGUUUCCCCGAGUCUGGCACAAGAUUGAUGACGAUGGCGAACACCUCGACAUGAACACUGUGGAAGAUUGGGCGCUGCUGACGACUGCUUUUGCCGCGGAAUGGUUGGAGCUGGAGGGGUUCAUGACGGCUGAUGGUGGUGGGAAGGUCCGGGAGAGAGAUGAACUGUGA